CUCCACCACCGCGGAAAACUUCACAGUUGGCCACGUAGCUUGCUCGCUAACGGUAGCAACGUUAGCCGACUAACCCGAGAAAAACGACUCAAGAAAAAGGUUAUAUAGGAACCAACGUGCUUUAAAUUGCAGUAUAUUUACAGCUAUAACCAAUUUAACUUGUAUAUAAUUCGCAUAGCUGGUUAGCUUAACCACUAAGAGCUAAAAUUGCAUCAGUCGUGAGUGUGAAUCCCUGCUUCCAGCCAAAACUUAUUACCGAGCAAGUUAACUGAACUUGCUGCAUCAUGGACACUGAUGAGUCAGACUCUGAGUCUGUCCAGAGCCGAGUGAUGGAGAUACACCAGAGUGCCCCGUUUGAGCUGGAGGAGGAAGCUGCUGAGGAGGCAGAUGUAACGGAUCUGAAGCAUUGUAGUGUGGUGCUGGACCGUCUCAGAGUUGACGACAAGGCUGCAAAAAAAGAGCUUGAGGAGAGAGAAGACAUGAACCGCAAAGGUGGGAAACCUGUGUCUCGAAUCCCUACUUUUCAUAAUCGGCGCAGCAAUGCAAGCCAGAACAACGAGCUGCCCAUCUCCAAAAAAGAUACUCCAUCCACCCAUGUUGUUCAGCCUCCUGAGAAAGCUGGAAGCGUGGAAGCUACAAAGUCCAAACUACCCGAUGUCAGAGAAAAAGCACUUCCCCAGCCAACGGUCCGCGUCCCCAAAAUCGGCUUUGAAGCCCCCACUUUGUUCAGCAGCACAGAACAAGCCGCUGCGACAGCUCCUAGCUCCCAAAUUACUACACCUAAGAGCUGGAGUUUGUCUGAGUCUGUACAGCAACCUCAUAUGACUGUAAGCCCCAGGCCUGCCCUCAGAUCAGAGCAUGGGUCGGAGCAACAUCUACCAGAGCAAGACAAGAGCAAAAACUCUGAAAAAGAAGCCGACAUGUUCGAUGCCCCCAUAAGACACCUUCCAUGUGAGGACUUUCUCAGCCAGAAACCACAGGAAGAUGCAGCAGAGAGAUACAACGUUGAGGUUAAAAGCAAGAUUGACUUCACUGCCUCUGGAGACACUGUAGAGUUGGAGUCUGCAGAGGUCGCUCACACAGCUGUGGUUGGCCGAGUGGAGGCUAUCAUGGACGAAGAACCACCCUGGGAGACAGAACCGACGAACACACUUGAAUUUAAGGACAGUAGAUCCUCAUCAGACGUUGAAUGUGAAGAGGAUAUAGCAGUUGAACCGUCCAAGGGCCAUGAUUCAGGGGAGGUGAAGGAACAUUAUGAGCCACAUGUAAGCCAGUCUGAGCUCAAAGAUGCUGCAGGGAUACAAGCCAACAUUCAUGAAUCAACUUCUGCAGCUAAAGAGGAGCCUGCUAAAGCUAGAUCAACCAAGUCAACAAAGAGCUCAGGAUGCUCCAGUUUUUCCCUCUUCUGCUUCCUGCCUACCGCCUUGCUGCUUCUCGGGGGGUUUGGUCAGCAUGUUUGGCACUAUGGGCUGCCUAUGUCUGUGGUCCAGCUCACUGCUCAGCUGGAGCUGCACUGGCUGGAAGGCUUUGGCUUAACACCAGAGCCUUGUAGCGUUGAUUGUCGAGUGCAUCUGGUGGAGAGCAUCCCCGUGGGUCUCUACACAUCUAACCCCUCAUCCCGACGGAGCAUCGCAGACAGCUGGCUCAGUCUUCUGGACAAGGCCAACAACUCAGUCCACAUCGCUGCUUUCUACUUGACACUACGGGGCAACGAUGUGGAGUUUGCAGAUCCUACAGACUCUCAGGGAAGAAAGGUCUUUGAGCAGUUGAAGCAGCUUGAAUCCAAAGGUGUGAAUCUUGAGGUCGCCGUUAACGCCCCCCAGACCUCAACUCAAGACACGGCUGAACUGGCUGCAGCAGGUGCAGAGGUCAGAGAGGUGGACCUGAAGGCUCUGACUGGAGGCAUCGUCCACACCAAGCUGUGGGUGGUUGAUCAAAAGCACCUCUACUUGGGUAGCGCUAACAUGGACUGGCGUUCUUUGAGUCAGGUGAAGGAGGUCGGCCUGUCAGUGGAGGACUGCAGCUGCUUGGCUCAGGACGCCUUUCGGAUCUUUGGGGUGUACUGGAGCAUCAGUGGCGCAAACAACGGUUCCCUGCCUCUGUACUGGCCUGCUCGCCUCUCUGCCCUGUCCAGCUCCCAGAAUCCUCUGCAUCUUAAGUUCAACGGAGUUCCCGCCAAAGUCUACCUGUCUAGUGCCCCUCCACAGAUCUCAGCCCGCGGCCGCUCGGACGAUCUUACCACCAUCCUGUCAGUUAUCGACGACGCCCAGAAAUUCAUUUACAUCUCUGUCAUGGACUAUCUUCCUCUGUCUGAGUUCACCAAGCCCCUCAGGUUCUGGCCCGCCAUCGACUCGGCCCUGCGUGGCGCUGCCUGUACCAGAGGGGUGCAGGUCAGACUGCUGGUCAGCUGCUGGGAGCACUCCCCCGCCCCCAUGUUCACCUUCCUGCAGUCCCUGCUGGUGCUCAACAGACCUCCAAUGAAAUGUGACAUUGAAGUGAAUAUCUUUACUGUGCCUUCAACACCGGAGCAGAUGAAGAUCCCCUUUGCACGAGUCAAUCAUGCCAAGUACAUGGUUACAGACAGAGUGCUCUAUAUCGGGACGUCCAACUGGUCAGAGAACUACUUCACCCAGACUGCUGGAGUGGGCCUGGUGGUGAACCAGACGGGCUCUGUGGUUGGACAAGGCCAGCAGACUCUGCAGAGUCAAGCAGAGGAGCUCUUCCUCAGAGACUGGAGGUCCAGUUACGCCAAAGCACUCACCAUCAACGACGUGGAUAUCUGCCCUCGUGGCCCACACUGAGGUUGUUUAAUAAAGCAUUUGCAUUGUAGAUGAGCAUCUUGCUUGCUCUUGCCAUUUUAACUUAAUUUCACUUAUGCAAAAUCUGCUUGCUGUACUGUGUGAACGAACACAUCUUAUUUUAUUGCGGUUUCCUGACUGCUGCUGCAAAUCUUCUGUAUAUAAUUGCGUUUUUAUAUUUAGUUUCAAAACAUGUUAUUUUUUAUACUCUGUAUUGUUCAACUUUCUUACAUGAAGGUUGAAGCGCAAGGGAACUCGCUUUGUACAAUUAAUUUUAUGCCUGGAGCAUUUUGUAUAUUUUCCCUUAAAACGUUGGUGCUGAGCUUUACCUAUCUCAUGCAGGAAAUUCAAUAUUUCCAAAGAGGUGUUUACACCAUGGCCAUGUUUACACUGCUGAAGCUAUCAGCUCUUAAUGUUCAUGUGUAAUGAAGCCAUUUAAUGUAAUGUCAGUCCAUCAGCACUAGAUUCUUGUAAAUACUCUGAAUUUUCCGUUCAUAAUUGAUGGCUGACUGAUAAAUCAAAUUUGAGUGUGUACCACUUAAUACAAAAAAAGAACUCAUUGUGUCCUCGCUCAGUUGAUAGUGUGAGCGUGCUUUGUUUUGUUGAUUGAAGUGGUUAUUCUUUUCCCAGUGUGGCAUCUCUUACUGUUUCACUGUUCUGAUAAUUACUGAAUGUGCCUGUGGUGUCGCCUCAAUCAUUCCAUUACCAGGGUUAUCUAUUGUAUGCUUGAUAUUUCUGUUUAAACUGUUGGACUGUUGAACGAAGGGACCUCCUGGCUCUGGAUGAAACAGGGAAUAUUUCGGUUUAUCUCUGAUAAACAGAACGGUUUACUGUAUGUUUCACCAUGAAUAAAAUCUGCUCCCCAGUUUGUGAUA